AUGGACUCCACAACACACACUCAGCCUCUCGCGGACCGCGACACCAACACCCACCUCGCCAAUGCCAAUAUCGACAAGUCAGACAUGAAGGCCGAUCUUUCAUCAAUGGACCAGCACCGUCAGACACUGCAGGGGAAGCUCGACAGUGAUGAGAAGCAACCCACUGCCUACGUGUCUCCGUCCGACGAGCUCAUGAGCCCGUGUACCAAGAAGCUCAGUGAUAUCAAGGGCAAGCGAUUCAAGAACGCCGGCAAGCCCCAGUCGCUGUUCGCGAAACUUGGCAAGAAAAGCUAUGAGCAAUCAUCGGCAGAGCAGAACCGAGCGACCGAGUAG